GUUACGUCUGUGUUCGGCGUGCGCCCCCAGGUCCUGCUUGGGAAAGGACUGGAAUAGGGAUGUGCUUCGGUAGCGUGGAUCCCUAACAGGCUCUGCCGUGGCGUAGACCCCGACACCUGUCACCCGCCUUCCCGGAGGUCGGCUCCUCUGGGACGUUCCCCGUGCUCUGCACUUCGCGUUUCACAGUUAGGACUCAGUGACCUUUGAGGAUGUGGCUGUGAACUUCACCCAGGAAGAGUGGGCUUUGCUGGAUUCUUCUCAGAAGCAUCUGUACAAAGAUGUGAUGUUGGAAACCUACAGGAACCUCGCUUGUGUGGGAAACAAGUGGGGAGACCAGAACAUUGAAAACCAAUGCAAGACUCCUUGGAGAGCUCUAAGUUCGUUUGAAGUACAUCAGACACCCAACUGUGGAGAAAAAGUCUAUGAACACAAGGAAUACGGGAAGCCCUCUGUUUGUCUUUCAUUGUGCACUCGUGAAAGAACUCCCAGUGUAGCAAUCUGUCGAGAGCGUAAACAAUUUGACAGACCAUGGACAUUGUUUAGUUUUCUUGAAAGUUACAAAAGAAUUCAUACAGGAGAAAAGCCUUAUAAAUGUAAACAAUGUGGUAAAUCCUUCAUUUAUUUUUCUUUACUUCAAAUACAUGAAAGAACUCACACUGGUGAAAAGCCCUAUACAUGUAAAGAAUGUGGGAAAGCCUUCAGACGUCUCAGCAACCUUCAAGUGCAUGAAAGAAAGCAUAGUGGAAAAAAGCUAUAUAAAUGUAAAUUGUGUGUUAAGUCUUUCAUUUCGCCCUGUUUACUUAAAGUGCAUGAAGCAGCUCAUACUGCAGAGAAGCCUUAUAAAUGUAAGAAAUGCACAAAAGACUUUCUUUAUCGCUGUUUACUUAAAAUCCAUGAAAGAUCUCAUGAUUCGGAAAAAUCCCAUGCCUGUAACCAGUGUGGUAAAGCUUUCAAAAGUCGCAAUUCCCUUCAAAGCCAUAAAAUAACUCAUAUUGUGGAAAAACCCUAUUCAUGCAAGCAAUGUGGUGAGGCCUUUAGAAGUCGCAAUACCCUUUUAAGACAUAAAACAACUCAUACUGGGGAAAAGCCAUAUGAAUGUAAACAGUGUGGUAAGUCUUUCAUUUAUCCCUCUUUACUUAAAAUGCAUGAAAGAUCUCAUACUGGGGAGAAGCGCUUUGUCUGUAAACAGUGUGGUGAACCUUUCUUUAGUCGCCAUUCCCUUCUAAGACAUAAAAUAACUCAUACUGGGGAAAAGCCUUAUGAAUGUGAACAGUGUGGUAAGUCUUUCCUUUAUCCCAGUGCACUUAAAACUCAUGAAAGAUUUCAUACUGGGGAAAAACCCUAUGCUUGUAAACAAUGUAGUAAAACCUUUAGAACUCGCUAUUCCCUUCGAAAACAUAAAAUAACUCACAUUGGGGAAAAUCCCUAUGCCUGUAAACAAUGUGGUAAGUCUUUCAUUUAUCCCUCUAUGCUUAAAAUGCAUGAAAGAUGUCAUACUGGGGGAAAACCUUAUCCCUGUAAACAAUGUGGUAAGGCCUUCAGAAGUCGCCAUUCCCUCCAAAAACACAAGAUAACACAUACUGGGGAAAAACCUUAUGAAUGUGAACAAUGUGGUAAGUCUUUCCUUUAUCCCAGUGCACUUAAAACUCAUGAAAGGUCUCAUACUGGAGAAAGACCCUAUAAAUGCGAACAGUGUGAUAAAGGCUUCGGAAGUAGUCAUUCCCUUCAAAGACAUAAAAUAACUCAUACUGGGGAAAAGCCUUAUAAAUGUAAACAGUGUGUUAAGUCUUUCCUUUAUCCCUCUUUACUUAAAACGCAUGAAAGAUCUCACACUGGGGAAAAACCCUAUAAAUGUGAACAGUGUGGUAAAGCCUUUAGAAACAUCUAUUCUCUUCCCAAUCAUAAAAUAACUCAUACUGGGGAAAAGCCGUAUGUCUGUAAACAAUGUGGUGAUGCGUUCAGAUAUCACCAUUCCCUUCAAAGACAUAAAAUAACUCACACUGGAGAAAAGCCUCAUGAAUGUAAGCAAUGCGGUAAGUCUUUUAUUUAUCCUUCUUUACUUAAAAUGCACGAGCGAUCUCAUAUUUGGGAAAAAGCCUGUGCUGGUCAAUAAUGUGGAAAAGUCUUCUAAGUGUGAAAGAAUUCAUAUUAGUGGUAAUACUUGAUCAUUCUAAACAAUGUGGUAAAGCCAUUCAUUAGAUGUCACAAAUGAAGAAACCCAUACUGUGGAAACACCUUAUGAUUGUUAACAAUGGUAAAAUUUUUCAGUGUUACAGUUCUCUUCAGUUAUACAGGAAUCCAAAUGUGAGAAAUACUGUGAAUUUAAUAAUGUGGUAAAUCCCAUCAUUGUAUGAAAUACCUAUUGCUGGAGCAAAACUAUGUUUCCUAAGGCAUCAAAAAUGUAAUGAUAGCAGACAAAUUCUGUGAAUGUAAAUAAUGUGAAAACUUUCAGAUUUUCCUGUGUCCUUCAAAUG